CAUCAUGCAUUGGACAAACGAGAGUUUCCCAAAAGGGUUUAUACUCCUUGGCUUCUCAGAGAGGCCCUGGUUGCAAAUACCUCUUUUGGUGGUCCUCUUACUAUCCUAUACAUUCACCAUCUUUGGUAAUGUGUCCAUCAUGACAGUAUGCCUCCUGGAUCCCAAACUUCAUACACCCAUGUAUUUCUUUCUCACUAAUCUCUCCAUCUUAGACCUCUGCUACACCACCACCACAGUCCCUCAUAUGUUGGCAAAUAUUUGUCACAACAAAAAUACCAUCAGCUAUGGUGGCUGUGUGGCCCAGCUCAUCAUCUUCCUGGCCUUGGGUGCUACUGAAUGUCUCCUCCUGGUGGUCAUGUCCUUUGACAGAUUUGUGGCCAUUUGUCGACCUCUCCACUAUGUAGUCAUCAUGAAUCCAGCAUUCUGCCUGAGGAUGGCAACUUUCUCCUGGCUCACUGGAUUCAGUAACUCUCUGUUGCAGUCUUCCUUAACCCUGAGUAUGCCGCGCUGUGGUCAUCGGGAGGUGGACCACUUUUUCUGCGAGGUCCCUGCUCUUCUCAAGUUGUCUUGUGCUGACACUAAGCCUAUUGAGGCUGAGCUCUUUUUCUUCAGUGUCUUAAUUCUGCUAAUUCCAGUGACAUUGAUUCUCAUCUCCUAUGGCUUCAUAGCUCAAACAGUAUUAAAAAUCAGGUCAGCAGAAGGAAGGCGCAAAGCUUUCGGGACCUGUGGAUCCCACAUGAUUGUUGUGUCUCUCUUUUAUGGAACAGGCAUCUAUAUGUACCUCCAGCCACCUUCAUCCACUUCCAAGGACUGGGGAAAGAUGGUUUCUCUCUUCUAUGGGAUCAUCACACCCAUGUUGAACCCACUCAUCUACAGCCUUAGAAACAAAGACAUGAAGGAUGCCUUCAAGAGGGUGAUGUCCAGAAUCUUUUUCUGUAAGAAAUAGGAAGUACACCAUUGUGAGGACAUCAUCAGAGACAUCAUCCUCUGAAAUAGAGCUAAUGUUUUCAGGGAUUUUCUUAUGGUCUA